UUGAUUAACGGAUCCAUGUUGUGGCUUUCAGGGGAUAAGGUCAUGAUUGGUGAGAGUCCUGUCGCCCCUGGUGUACCGGUCAUAUACAGGUCACAGGAGGAAAGAUCGGCAAACCCAGACAGAUUGAACCUUGAUAGGAGGAGGCUUACAGUGUGCCCAAUUCUAGAAGGAGAGGAGCAUCUCAGGUUACUCAACUUUCAGCACAACAGUAUCCGCAAAAUAGAGCACCUCACCAGUUUGAGGAGACUGAUAUUCCUGGACCUGUAUGACAACCAGCUGGAGGAUAUAACUGGACUAGGUGCUCUAAAAUCACUUAGAGUACUAAUGCUGGGUAAAAACAGGUAAUUGUUUAAAAGGUAUUC